AUAAAUUAAGGGUGAAUCGUCCAUCUCUAAUUAAAACACGUGGUAUUAACUCUAGAAUUUUAAAUUUAAUCAUUUGUAUAAUAGUGUAGUGUAAUAAUUUAAAAGUAGGUAACGUGCAUCAUAAUUGCUUUAUGAUUCUAUUAUAUUAUGUGUAGGAAUUAUUUCUAUUACAUUAUAUGCAGGAAUGAAAUAACGUUUCAUUUUUUUUAUAUCCACAGGUUAGCAAUAUGUUCAUCAUGAGUCUUGCCAUCGCUGACCUCACAGUGGGCCUGGUUGUCAUGCCUAUCAGCUCCAUUUACGUCUUAACUGGGAGAUGGCGUUUCGGUCUCGUUGUCUGCCAGUUCUGGUUAUCAGCGGAUUACUCUGCCAGCACUGCCUCUAUACUGAAUUUGCUUGUACUGAGUCUAGAUCGUUAUUGGUCCAUUUCCCGACCAUUAGAGUACCUGCGCAGAAGGAGCAAAAGGCGUGCUUUAAUUGUGAUCACAAUUGUCUGGUUAGGAUCAUUUAUGUGGAUAGUCCCAAUUAUUGGUUGGCAUGCAUUUUUUGAAGGAGGGAAACGCAAGCAACCCGCUGACGUCUGUGAGACGGAGUUUGCCGAUAAUGUCGUCUUCAAGCUAACAACUUCCACGCUCAAUUUCUACUGCCCAAUGCUUGCAAUGAUAGCCACAUAUGCUAGGAUCUAUAUGCAGAUUCGUAAACGAGCUCGUUCUGAAGUAAUGGGUCGAUGCAGUGAUAUUAGACCCGAUUCUUACUCAGGAAAUUCGGAUCCACAACCUUUACGUUACGCUCUUGCCACGCAGACUUCAAAGUCUAAGAGCAAAAAGAAGAAGAAACCGAAUGGAUCUCCUGCAGAAUCAAUUGUACUCGGUCCGCGGGAAGAUUACCCGAGUCCAGGAACAACACCAUGUGAAGGCAGCUGUGAUGGGUAUGGUGCAGUUGCCUUACCGACAGGUGCUAGGUGGAGGUGUAACGUAUGUGGAGCAACACAAACUCAAAAGGAUGAAUGGACGUGGCCCCCAACUCCAGUGGAUGACUCAAAGAGCCCACAGAAAAGUAAUUCAGAUGAUGAAUAUCCUGGAACUUUGAACGCGGAACGUAACUCCAAAAAGAAGAAAAAAUCCCAAUCGUCCAAAAGGAACAGGAAAUCAGGCAAACCACAAGCAUCUCCAACCUUGGAAGUCACAGAUAUGCACUUACGAGUGCCACAGUCUUCAGACUUACCACCACCGAGUCGUAGCUCCAGUUUCAGAAUCUUAUGUGGGGCUACCCGUGCUGUUUUACGAAGACCUUCACGUCGAAGUAUGCUCAGUUUACGACAAGAAACAAAGGCAGCACGACAGCUAGGUGUCAUCAUUGGGGCCUUCGUUCUUUGUUGGUUGCCUUACAUGGUGCUCUUCGUGGUGACAGCAGCGUGCAAUAAUUGCCUUGAACCAGGCGUUCAUACAGCUGCCAUCUGGCUUGGUUAUCUGAAUUCCACUGUGAAUCCAAUGAUAUAUGCAUUGUGUAAUGCAAGCUUCAAGCGUGCUUUCUGGAAAAUCGGAGCUAGGUUUUCUGCCGGCUGGACCACAAAGUGUCGUAGAAGAAACAAUAAUCACGCUUCAGAGAAUAAUCCAUUUGCGUGACCUAUAAGAAAUUAAUUUUAAUGAAAUGAAUCAAAUUUUAAACCCUUUUUCAAUUGAACAUAUCUAUUACCAUGUACAACAUCCUUUCUCAUCCCGGCCGAACCAGUGGCCGAGUGGUUAAGACCGCUGAAUGUUAGUAGUUCGACCUGGUUUGGAAUCUUGCCAGAUGAACGGGCUGACUGCAUAGUUGGUUUUCGUAGUUUUCCCCCAUGUGUAAUGUAAAUACCAGCCAGUUUUCUCCAGAAAGCCCACUCAUGGGCAGAUAGUGGCUUUGCCAUAUUCAAAUGACCUCACCUAACCUUUCUUAUUCCCUCUAUGAAUCCAUUAAUUCUCAGCUUGUAAAUUAAUGUUCUACUUAAGGAUUCAUAAUGAUAUUCAUUCCUUUUAACUUGCAUGUUUAUAGAAGACCGAAUUCCCUUACAUUUCUCUCGCUCUCUCUUAAUUGGCUGGAUUUAUCUGGCUCAUGUACUUUAUCACAUAUGUGAAACGUGAGAUUUGAAUUUUUAAACUUGAUGUUAUUUGCAUUUACAAAUAUUAAGAACACAGUUAACCAACCAUUCCAAUUAACCAACAACUAUUCUUCUCUUAAACAAGGAAUGGAUCCAUGUAUGUGAGUCUGCUCGAUCCGGCAUAGCUUUAAAACAUGGGCUACAUGGCAUAGCUCCUACAUGGCAUGCUUUAAGACAUGGGCUACAUGUCAUAGCUCCUACAUGGCAUGCUUUAAGACAUGAGCUACAUGGCAUAGCUCCUACAUGGUAUGCUUUAAGCUACAUGAGUUUUCCAGCAUAGCUUUAAGACAUGGGCUACAUGGCAUAGCUCCUGCAUGGCAUGCUUUAAAAUGCGUUGAUUUCAUUUUUUAUUUUUCACUUAAUUUAAUUUUGUACGAAGGUUGGCUUUGUAAUGCUUGUUGGCAUUUCAUCAUUUUCUAAAUGUGAAGAAACUAUAAAUCAUGUAAAUACAUAUUUCAAAAAACUGUAUAACAUCCUUCUUUUAAAACAUAUAGCAAACUGAUUUAUAAUAUGUCUCUUACAUAUCAUUAAAUUUAAUACCAAAAGACUGUACAGUUUCUGAUCAGGUUUCUAUCUCAGUUUAAUAAAACAUUUAAAAUCUUUCAAAUUUAAAAUUAAUUUAGAAUUUUAUUAAAAAUUAAAUUACUAAUUAAGAAUUUUAAUUUCAUAUUAAAUGAGUUUAAGUAACAUAACUUAAAUUUUACUAAUAAAUAUAAGCUAUGCUGACUGAAUUUUAAUUCAAAUAAUUAAUUCAAGUCGACUGUAGAAAAUUUCCAAAACCAUUUCAAGAUUACUAAUGCUGCGUUUUCACUCAAUAACUUUCAUGUAGUUUGAUUAGUCUAUGAAAGCAAACAAAAAAUAUAAAAAUUAUUGGUGUUUUAUAUCAAAUUCAGUUUGCUUAAACAUAGACAUAAAUAACGAAAAGGAGGAUAAAUGUUCAAUCCACACCUAAUUUGAAAUAAAAAUGACUAACUAAAUGCAAAACUAAACUAUUAGAAGAGCAAUUGUGCACUAUAUUCUACUUAUGUUACUCAGAAUUUUAAUGUUCUCUGGCUACAGUAUAAAAGUUCUUCUAUAGCUCCUUAAAAGAUUUCUAAAGAAAAAAGCAUUCAAUACGUCAAUCCAGAGACCAUCUAAGGCCCAAGCUCAUAAAGAAAUGCAACUUGAUCUGCUAAAACUCUUUGAAUUUUUGAAGUGCUCUCUGAACGAUAUAAUAUCUGUGAUAGAAUGUUCGUCAUGAUCUUUGCAGAAAAGUAUCAGAAAAAAGGCUGUUACGAGGUCAUAAACUCUCACUGCCUCUCUGAUGGCUGAAACCAUUUGGAAUGGCCCCCGAGAUGCGACAAAAGAAUUGAUUUGUGAUGCAAAACUUCAUCUUGCAGUUCCAGGUUUGUUAAGCUCUCGGAGAGCUUCCGGCUGAUAUCUUCUUUCCUGAAUUGUACAUUCAGUUUCAAUAAAUGAUGUCAAUUAGUGAGUGAAAUAAAAGUAUGUGAAUAUUUUUAAUAUGUGUUUUUUUCGUAAGCAUAAUUAGAUCUUCAUGCAGAA